AUGGGCAUCAACAGCUUCGAUGAUCAGAGGUUGAAGGGGCUGCAGGAUCUGGCGACAGUAGGAGAUGUCGAUAAAUUAUUUUCAGAACUUAUGAAGGAUCUAAAUGUUUUGGGGGAUAUUGAUAAGAUACUAUUUGUGACUACUCCCUUACACACAGCUGUAAGCCAAGGAAAGAUCAAUUUCGCCAAGGAAAUACUAAACUUAAUGCCAUCAUUUGCUCUGAAGCGAGACCAUCUUGGGCGUAGCCCCCUCCAUUUGGCUUUGGAAGGGAAGCAGCAGCUGCAGGAAGGGCUGAAUCCUUGUGAUCCGGAUUUGGAGUUGCAGUACCAGAAAAUUGUAUCAUGGUUGAUAAAACAUGACAGUGAGCUUGUCCGUGUUAAAGCAAAGGGAAUGGUUACUCCUUUGCACUAUGCAGCUCAACUAGAUGAUGAAUCCAGUUUGGAUGAGUUUUUGCGUGUUUGUCCAUCAUCAAUAGAAGAUUUGACUGUUAAAUCUGAAACUGCUAUCCAUGUCGCCAUCAAAAACAAGAGUUUGAAUGCCUUUAAAGUGUUGUUAGGAUGGCUUCGAUACUUCAACAAAGAAGAGAUGCUGCACAGUAAGGACGAGGAAGGAAACAAUGCAUUGCAUACAGCAGUAUCUGCAAAUCAACCUGAGGUGGUGAAGCUGUUGAUUGGAUGUAUGAAAGUGAAUAUAGAGAACAGUAAUGGUUUGACAGCUUUGGACAUGUUCAAGGAACGCCACGCUGAAGGUUUGGUAGAUGCAGCAGUUGGGGACAUUCUACUUACUGCUAAAGCGAAAACUGCAUCUGAACUCCAUGAGAUUGAGGGGAUCAGUUACUGUGCCCCUGCUUUUCCCAUCCAAUAA